CACACUUCCACACACGACCCGCAAGCAUCCACGGGCAGUGGAGCGGCAUAAGUGAAGAGAAACAUUAGAUAUCGUCAAACCCCUGCCUAUUUGCAAACUCGCUUACUUACGAUUUUUUCAUUUUUUGCUCCUUGUGGGGUUGACGCCGGAGAAAGCAGGUUGGUAAACUUCUCAAAAUGAGGCAGAGAAGGGUCAGGAUCACAUUUGGCAGUGAUGGAAGUUACCGGCUAGCUGCUCAACGUAAGGUACAACGGCUCUCUGGUCUUCAUGUUUGCUUAACAGCAAGUGCAGUUUUCACAGAUGGUGCGUUUCCUAGUUGUAUAUAUAUCCUGGAACUGCUUGUGCAGCGUGACCGUGAGUUCCAGGACCUGAUGGAGGUCGGCCAGCAGCAGGGCAAGGUGCACCAGGAGAUGCAGCACCUGGAGAAGGAGGUGGAGAAGCGAGACAGUGACAUCCAGCAGCUACAGAAGCAGCUGAAGGAGGCAGAGCACAUCCUGGCGACAGCCGUUUACCAGGCCAAGGAGAAGCUCAAGUCCAUCGAGCGAGCCAGGAAAGGAAGUAUAUCGUCCGAGGAGCUCAUCAAGUACGCCCACAGGAUCAGCGCCAGUAACGCCGUGUGUGCGCCGCUCAACUGGGUCCCAGGUGACCCACGGCGGCCAUACCCCACUGACCUGGAGAUGCGUAGCGGCGUACUGGGUCACAUGGCCAACCUGCCCACCAAUGGAGUCAAUGGACACCUGCCUGGUGACGCCCUCGCUGCCGGGAGGUUGCCAGACGUGUUGACGCCGCACUACCCCUGGCAGUCGUCCGAGCUGUCUGUGGGCAUGCUGCCGCCACACCACGCCAAUGACUUCGGCCUGGAGCCCCCUGGACACAACAAGGAGAAUGAGGACGACGUGGAGGCUAUGUCCACUGACUCCUCCAGCAGCAGCAGCGACUCGGACUGAAAGAUGACUGUGUGUGUGUGUGUGUGUGUGUGUGUGUGUGUGUGUGUGUGAGAGAGAGAGCGAGAGAGCGUGUGUUAUGUUCUUAAUUAUGCUUGUAAAUAAAUAAUUUUGAGAAGAAAUGCGUGUA